AUGAGGAAGAGACAUAAAAACACUGUCAGAUUGCUUUAUGCUGAGGAUGGCUCUAGAUUGGAUACUUUUGAGACCAUGUAUGCUGAGAUGGUGAGGUUUUAUACUAUGUUACUUGGCAUGGAGGACACUUGUAUUAAAAGUUGUGAUGUGGAUGUUCUUAAGGGCUUGUUGGGGUAUGAACUUCCUUAUGCUAUUGUUGCUUCCCUAGUGAAGGAGAUCUCUAAUGAGGAAAUCAAAGCUUCCUUGUUUAAGCAAGGGAAUGAGAAGAGUCCUGGACCUGAUGGGUAUACUGCAUACUUCUUCAAAGUGGCUUGGGAUAUUAUUCAAGUUGAUUUUUUGGCUGCCAUUAGAGAGUUUUUCCAGACUGGUGUCCUGUUGUCUGCCUUCAAUGCAACAACCAUUGUCCUAGUGCCUAAGACUCCUAAUGUAGGUAUGGCUAAGGACUUUCGUCCCAUAUCUUGUUGCUCGGUUGUAUAUAAAACCAUUACUAGCAUCAUUGUUGAUUGUUUGGCUAGCUUCUUUCUAGACUUGAUUUUAUCGAAUCAGACUGCAUUUAUUAAGGGGAGCAACAUAGUUGAUAAUACACUAUUAGCUCAGGAAAUAGUUAGGGGAUACUCUCGCAACUCAAUGUCCCCUAGACGUGCUCUUAAAAUUUACCUUAGGAAGGCUUUUGAUUCUGUGUGCUUGGAUUGUUUGUUGAAAGUUCUUGCUGUCUUGGGGCUUCCUGAGGAAUUUAGAGUUUGGAUCAGGGCUUGUAUCACUGGUGCAAGGUUCUCUGUGGCAUUUAAUGGGAGCUUAGUGAGGUUUUUUAAAAGGAGAAGGGGGGUUAGACAGGGGGACCCUCUGUCCCCUUAUCUCUUUAUUUUAGUCAUGAAUGUGAUGUCUCAUUUGCUUAAUGUUGUUGCUUGUAAUGGCCUAAUCUGGUUUCAUCCUAAAUGCAAACGUGUCUCUCUCACCCACCUUAGUUUUGCUAAUGACUUGCUUAUUUUCUGUCAUGGUGAUGAGAGUUCUAUUUUGGGUGUUGUUAGGGUUUUGGAGGUUUUCUAUGAGUUAUAUGGUCUUCAGCUUAAUGCUGGUAAAUCCGAAUUGUUUGCUUGUGGGGUGCAAAAUGAUAUUUUAAGUAGGAUGCUGGCAGUAACUGGAUUUAAAUUGGGAAGACUCCCUGUUAGGUAUCUUGGGGUUCCUUUAGUCACUAGAAAAUUAGCAGUCAAGGAUUGCAUUCCAUUGAUUGAUAAGAUUAGAAGUAAAUUGAGCAUAUGGCAGUUGGUUCUGCCAAAUAAGGUCAUUAGGCAGGUUGAGCAGCUUUGUAUGAGAUUUUUUUGGAAGGGUAGUGACAUUCCUACUAGGGGGGAUAGAGUGAGCUGGCUGCAAAUGUGUUGGUUAAAAUCAGAGGUUGGUUUGGGUUUGAAGACUCUUGGCUGCUGGAAUAAGGUGUGUUGCUUCUUGCUGAUUAGGAACAUCUUAGCAAAUGCAGGGUCACUUUGGGUGGCCUGGAUCAAAGAAUAUGCUCUGAAGGGGACUGCUUAUUGGGAAGCCAGUCCUAAACCUCAGUUUAGCCAGAUUUUGAGAAAACUGCUUAAGCUUAGGAAUGAAGAUGCUGUCUUAUUUGGUAGUAUAGUGGAUUGGAACAUGGUUAAAAGUAAGUGGGUGUGGGAGAAGUUAAGAGACAAGAGGGAAAAGGUCAGAUGGGAACACCUUAUCUGGUUCCCCUUACAUGUCCCAAAAAUGUCAAUUGUUGCUUGGAUGGCUGUUUUGAAUAGGCUCCCUGCUAAGGACAGACUCAACAAUAUGGGAAUAGAGUUGGAUGAAGGUUGUGUUCUUUGUAAUGCUGGGCUUGAAGACAGGGACCAUCUUUUCAAUGACUGUGUUUUUACUAGGGGAAUUUGGAGCAAGGUCCUGCAAACUUGUAGAAUACCCCACAGGGAAUUGUGUUGGAGUGCUUCUCUGGCUUGGGUAGUAGCUAACUUCAGGGGUAAAUCCUUGUUGAUUUGUAUUUUGAAAUUGGCUUGGAUUUGCCUUUUAUACUUUGUGUGGAAAGAACGUAACCUCAGGUGUUUCAGGGGCUGCUCUAGGAUAGCUGAUGAUAUAUUUGAAAGUAUUAGGAGAUCAGUUGGUGCUAGGUUACAAGGAUAUAGCAUAAACAAGAUGUGUGCAGGUCCAUGGGCGGUUGCUUAUGGGGAGCUUGCUCUUUCUUGCAUUUUGCUGCUUGCUUUCUUAUUUUGUGAUGGCUGCUUUGAAAUGGUGGCAUCAGAGGAGUCAGUGAUGUCAGACGAUACGACAGUAAACAGUAACGGUGACGGUAGACGUGGCAGUGAGCAAUGCUACUCGACGGCUACGACUAUCCACCCUAGGGUUAUGAUGAAAACCCUAAGGCUAUAUCUCAUCUGGGUCGUUGGAUCAAGGUUAAAUUCAACGGCUAGGAUCACUGGUGGCUGUGGUGAUGACAGGAAACUCUAA